CUGUCAAAAGUGUAUAAAAUACAAGUGUAUGAAAUGCAUUCUGUAUUCUCAUCUUUUCUCAGUGACCAAUCGGAUGUCCAUGGAAAGCCCAAAUACUAGAGAGAAGUGCAAAACACCUUUCUGCUCAUGUUCUAAUGCAACUGAGAUAGAGAGGCAUCCCAAAACUUAUACCAGAGUCAUGGAAGGCACUAAACAGAUGAACAGCAAAUCAAACACAGAGAGCAAAAUAUCUAGUUCUCACUUGGACGGUGUGACUGUUUCAAAAGUAUUAGUCAGAGAUGAAGAGAAGUCCAAGAAUGUAACACAAACAUUCACCACUGCUAACGCUUCCAGCUCUUCAGGGCUUUCAUCCAGACCAGAAAAGACUGAAAAAAUGGAUUUGUCGCGCAGGAAUUUUGUUGUCACUAAAGAAGCAUUUACAUUUUCUCAGGCUCCUACAGAACAGAACGGUCAGCAACAGAGCAACUCAGAUAUGGAGAGCAUUGCUUCUAACUUUUACACAGAGAACACUGACAGAAGUGUGAAGAAGAUAAUACAGACUCUGGGGUAUACCAGUAGUUCUUACCGUCCAGAGUCAAUAUCCACAGCUUCUCAGAGUGAAAUACCCAGCGGUUCAGCUCUUACUGAUUCUUCUUCUGUGUUGACUCCAGUUCAAACCAGACAAAAAGAUUUAUCACCUGGGUUCACCAAUGUCAUGGAAGCAGAAAGUACACAUCCUUGGGAUUCUUCACAAGCAACAGCUGCAGAAGGUAGCCAUUUGAGGAGCAGUUCUUCUAAAGAGAAAAUUUCCACUUUUCAGAGAGAUGGUGUAUCUGUUUCAAGUCUAUCAAAAAGAGAUGAAAGAAGUACACUACAAACUGUAAGGGGUGUCAGCAGUUUUGAAAGCGACACACAAACGCCCACUGUUGCCAAUGCUACCAUCUCCAGCAAUUCAGAUUUUGCUCAUUCUUUUCAUAUAAAAACUCCAGAAGAGAUCAGCCCAGGUUUGUUACCUGAAGACACUGAUUUUACUGAAGGAAUGCUUAUAUCUUCUCAGGCUCCUUCAAAAACAACAGUUGAAGAGAAUGGUCAGUCACACAGCAGCCGCAGCUCAAGUACAGACGGCAUUUUCUCCACUUAUCACCUGAACAGCACCUCCAUUUCAGUUCUAUCUAGCUUAAAUGGGGAGAGGACAUUACGAACCCCAAGAGAUGUCAGUAAUGCUCACAAUGUAACACAAGGAUCCAUAGCCUGGCACAAUGAAACCUCUAUUUCUUCAGGCCUCACCAGUUCUUCUUACCUGUUAACUCCAGUAGAAACAGAUUUAACUCCUCAGACCACUGAUUUCACUGAAGGAACAAGCACGCAUUCUCGAGCUUCUUCAGAAAAAACGGGUGUAGAAAGCAGUGAUCCACCAAGCAGCAGCUCGAAUAUAGAGACCAGAUUUUCCCAUUCUGAUCAGGACAGUGCAUCUGUUUCAGGUUCAUCAGACAGAGCGGAUGAGAUCACACCAUCAACUUUAAGAGAAGUCAGCAAUGUUUUUAAUAUAACCCAAACAUCCAGUUCUAAGAACGAUAACAUCACUAGCUCAAAUGUUGCUGAUUCUUCUUAUACAAUGACACCAAGACACACCAGAGAAACAAAUUCAUCAUCUGGGAAUAAUGAUUUCACUGAAGAAGCAUUUACAUAUUCUGAGGCUCCAUCAGAAACAACAGACACCAAGAGUAGGCCACAUGCCUUGAGCCACUUCAAUGUAGAAAAGAAGGCCACUCAGACUGAGAGUAUGUUCUCUUCUACUGUGAUCCAAGAUGAGACCUUUGGAUCUUUAACUAAUCAGAGCAGAUCCAUAGACACAACGGAAUUGUCACCAAUUGAUACAAAAAAUGCUGGUUCUUCUGUGAUGAUCCAGAUGUCGUCUGCCACAUUACGAAGUAGUAAAGAAAAUUCCGCCUCUACUGAAAUGGAUUUCACAGAAUCCCUAGAACAGUCUUCAGAUACUACUUCAUCAAAAGCGUCAAGUUAUUCAUCUUCUGUGAAAGAUUUUUCAAGCUCUACAGACCAUUUUCAAACCAUUAAGGGAUCUGAGGUGGGAAGAAGAUUUUCGAUUGCUUCAACAGACAGCGUCUAUCUAUCAACCACAUUUGUACAUGGGGCAGAAAGGACUUUAAGAUCCCUGCCAGAUAACAGCACGUCUGAUGAUGCAGCAGAUAGCAACUCUUACAAUUCCCAAACUUCCAAAUCUUCAGGGGAAAGCUUGACUUUGUCUUCAGAGCCUGAAACAGAAACACAUAAUGCCUCACUAAGUGAAGUGCAAUCUAUUGGGCCUUCUACUGAGUAUUCAACAGAAUAUUCCUCUGGAGUUCCUACAGCCUUGUCACCAAAUGAUUCAGCAACUAUUGGAAGCACUGAUAAUUCAACUAGUGGGCCAAGAGUUUUGCAUUCUCCCACAAUCAGCACUGGUAGUUCAGCCCCCUUCAGUGAAGGGGAACAGCAAAAUACACAACCUACAAUUAACACUACAGUGAUGGAAGAGACUGAAAGUGUCUCAUCAUAUAUGGAAAAUUUUGACAGCACAAGAUCAAAACCUUCCUCAUCCAAGUCAUACUCUAGAAUGACACAUUUAUCUCUAAAAGAUUUGGAUAUCUCUCCAUCUUCAACUGAGGCUUUCCAAAUUCUUAGUUCAUCAACUGAUUCUUCUUCCAAAAGUGAACUUUCAGAUACUGGAACAGAAUACCAACCAAUAAGUGGGACUGAUUUGGGGAAUCAGACCUCUGUUUCUCAUACUGACAGCACAUACACUUUAACUACCUUUGCCAAGGGUGGAGAAAGGACAUUGCUGUCUCUUCCAAACAACAGCACAUCAGCUGAUUCCGCAGGAAGUUCCACUUACUCUGCAGAAAUGUCCAGCGCUUCGGAGUCAGUUCAGUCUUUCUUUUCAAGUGACAUGGAUUUUUCUGAAAAUUCAACAGAACCUUUGGCAGUGCAUUCCCUGAAAACACCAGAGUAUUCGUCUACAAUGAGUGAACCAAACACAACUCAGUAUUACUCAGAAUCAGAAUCUGCAUCCACUGGCAGCUUGUCAUUUUCAUCUUCCCCUACAAGGCUGUCAGAACAGGAUUCACUUCCACCAGUUCACCCAUCCACUCUGUUUUCCUCAGCCAAGUCUUCUGCCCCAUCCUCUUUUUCUACUUUCCCAUUACCAUUAUCGUCAUCUCCACCCACAUCUCUAAUGACAUUUUCACCCAUGUUCUCAUCCACAAAACCACCCCCAUUGCCUUUCUUUCCCUCUGUGUUGCCUUCACUUUCUUCAACACCUUCGUUGUUACAGCCUAGUGAAAGUCUUGAAACCAGUGUUUCUGUGACUGAGCCUGAAGGAACAACUGGAGCAGAACUACACACGGCAAGAAGCUCCCAUGGCGAAUAUAACCGUCCGACUACGGCGUAUCCAUUGGUGAACAACACUAUUCUGAUGGCAACUGGGACUUCUCUUCUGAUGGAAAUUACUGAACAGCCUGCCAACCGUUCUUCACCAAGAACCACUUCCCAAGAGGAAACGAAAGGAUGGACACUUAGUCUCCCAGGAAUCAAUAUUGAGAAUGAACCCAUUACAAGUACCUCUUCACCCUAUUUCCAGGAAAUGACCACUACUUCUGAGCCAGCAAAAGCAACUACGGCUAUACCGUUGCAUACAAUCCCUCAAAAGGAUACUUUCCCUUCAUCAACAGUAACCAUGGGCAAAAAAACUACAGAAAUAACACACACACCUGGAAUAUUGCCUACUUCAGCAUCAACCAUGAAUUAUUUGUUCGCUACAAAGCUUCAAAAGGUUCCAUUGCCCUCUCCUACUGAAAUAUCUUCUUCCCCUGGAAUUCCCACAAAAAUGAUGGAAAAGAACAGUACAACUACUGUGAAAACCACAGCGCCCAGGAUUGUUAUUACCACUUCUCCCUAUACCUUAACUUCUCACAAAAGCACUGUUCAGUCUUUUCCUGCUUCACCGAUUCCUUCCAGACCAACCACAACUGCGAGUUUAGGAAGCUCAAAGAUAUCUUCAACUGUCUAUGGAAAAGAUGAAUGCCUGCCUAAUCCUUGUCCACCUAUGUCUACAUGCACUCAUGUACAAGGUUCAUUCCAAUGCAUUUGUUCCUUGGGCUAUCAGAUGGGAAAAGGAAAAUGCAACUUAGUAAGGACCUUUGUUGGUCACUUUCCACUAACAUUUAACACAACUGGAGGGACAUACGCAGAACUACAUCAAAUUGAAGGAGUUAUCAUAAACCUGCUGAAUGAAUCCCUUUCAACAUUUCCUGGUUAUUAUACUUCAACUGUUAAAGCCACAAGGCAAGAAGAUACUGUUCAAAUAUCCAUCCAGAGCACCUUUUCCAUGGCUUCCAACGUCACCUUUUCUGAAGUAAUUGGCACAGUGCAAAGUCGGAUCCGAGCCUGCAAAGCUCCCACCCCACCCUGCCAGUUCAUCUCUAAUUUGACCCAGCUCUAUAGAGUUGGUGGUCUAUGUAAACAUAAAGAUCCGGAAUGUGACAAAGGGACUUCUGUGUGUGUAGACUUGGAUGGCAUUGCUGUUUGCCAAUGCAAACCUGGGUAUUUCAAAUAUAACAAACUGGAUCAUUCAUGCAGAGCCUGCGAAGAUGGGUAUAAACUCGAAAAUGACACUUGUGUGAGUUGUCCAUUUGGAUUAGGGGGAUUCAACUGCAGGAAUCCAUACCAGCUUAUCACCAUUGUGAUUGCCGCAGCUGGAGGAGGACUUCUGCUUAUCAUGGGAAUAGCUCUCAUAGUCACAUGCUGCCAAAAGAAUAAAAAUGAUAUAAGCAAACUCAUCUUCAAAAGCGGUGACUUCCAAAUGUCACCAUAUGCAGAAUAUCCCAAAAACCCUCGUGUUCAGGACUGGAGCAGAGAAACCAUUGAAAUGCAAGAGAACGGGAGUACUAAAAACCUAUUACAGAUGACGGACGUUUACUAUAUGCCAACUAAUCUAAGGAAUCCUGAACUAGAAAGAAAUGGAAUCUAUCCGCCUUACACAGGUCUUCCGGGAUCUCGACACUCCUGUAUAUACCCUGGACAAUACAACCCAUCCUUCAUUAGCGAUGAUAGCAGAAGAAGAGAUUAUUUUUAAUGCAGGUGAAAAAAGGCAGCUGGGUGACAAAUGGGACCUUUGUAUGCAGCGUGUUCCCGAGUAUGCAGUCAUCAGACAACAACUCAGUCACAACUGUGUACAGAAGGGGACUUUGAACCUGUGGAAAACCUCAGAAGGAGCUGCGCACAAGGAGCCAUCUCCAGCUCUUGCUGAGCAGCAGCGAAAAGAAGACAGGUGUGGAAAGCAAGUUCCAUACGCCUGGUUGUUGGAAAGACAAGAAAGAAGCUCAUUCUGCAUAUUUUUCUCACCACUAACUGUGUCACAUAAUGUGAACGUAAUAAUAGAUCGUGAAAGCAAAACUAACAAAACACUGUGGAUGACACGCUAAAUCUGAUGCCAUUAGGGUGUGUUGUGUUUACAGAUAGUAUCUAGUGUGCCAGGUUUGUGUUGCCCACUUUUUGUUUAUGCAAAGCUGGCUUGAAUGAAUGUUAUGGAACGAACCCUUGCUCUGUUGCCAGGUGUCCACUAGGAGGUACUCACAGCAUGUUGCUCACCGAGUGGUGGAGAUGGGUACGGGAACAUGGCCUAGCAAUAUGGGAUCCUAUGCAGAAUCCAAGGUGGGGUUUUAUCCCUCUCCAAAAAGGAAAAAAAAAGUGAUUCCCCCAUGAUCUGUCCUGUUGUUUAGUUAUGGCCUAGGUAGUAGUGAUACUUGACUCUUUGCCCUUA